AUGUUCACAUUGAAAGAAACAGCUGCCUCAUCACUGUCACUACCCACGGACAAUUAUAUUUACUCUCUUGUGCCGUCCACAGCUGGUACUUUUGCCGCCAUCUCCUCCGAUGAUUCCUUGCGCGUCUUUGAUGCCGCUAACCUUGAUCGCGUCGCGGUGAUCUCACAAAAGGCUCAUGAAGGAGGUGUCACGUCGCUGCGGAGCUAUACUGCAGGCGAUUCUCACCUGUUGGCUACUGGUGGCCGGGAAGGAAAGCUAAAGUUGUGGGAUGUUCGAGCUGGGAACUCAGUCCUAGAAGUAGAAACAACGAGGCAUGCACCAGUUCUCUCUGUAGCAUGUAACCCGGACACCAACACCAUUGUUGCGGGUACAGAGCUUCUUUCCUCACAGGCAGUUGUCGCGUUUUGGGACAUCAGAUCUCCACAGGCACCCCGUCUGCAAUACGUGGAGAGCCACAAUGACGACGUCACAGAGCUUCAAUAUCACCCCACCCGUAACAACAUCUUACUCUCUGGCAGCACGGACGGACUUGUGAAUAUCUAUGACACAACUGUGACAGAUGAGGACGACGCUCUGGUCCAGGUCAUCAAUCAUGGCUCGGUUCAUCAUGCGGGUUUCUUGUCCGACAGUACCAUCUUUGCCCUGAGCCAUGACGAGCAGUUCUCUAUUCACCCGGCUACCAACCCGGAUGAACCUGGACAGGCACCCGAACCAGUGGAAUUUGAUGACGUGCGCGAGCCUUUAGACAUUGAAUAUGUGGUGCAGGUUUGCGUGGCUGGACAAGGCGCUUAUAUCGCGGCUGGUAAUAAAAUUGAUAAGCGACUUGAUUUGGUUCCACUGGUCUCUAGCCCUAGCUGGCAGUUUGACCAAGAUAACCUGUGGCGCCUGCCUGGUGCGCACGGCGAUGACGUUGUGCGCUCAGUAUACUUGGAUGAUAAGAGUCAAUCAGUGCUUACUUGUGGCGAGGAUGGGUUUGUGCGAGUGUGGAAACCGGAUGGAGAUGCUUCGCAGGGCCAGGCUGGAUCGACAAAGACUUCACGGAAGGACAAGAAGCAGAAAGAUCGGUUCCGGCCGUAUUAG